UUUCACCAACUGGAAAUUACCAUCUUUUCACCAACAUUUGCAAUGGCUGGAAUUGGCAAGAAACGUGUGAAGAGAAGGACUCAUUUAAAGGAUGAUCCUGCUCGAGAGGCUUCAAUUCCCAAAUCGAUGGUCGUCCGUGCGGGUGCUUCUGAAGUUGGAAAAAGUCUUUCCCUUCUUACUCGUGAUCUUCGACACAUGAUGGAACCGCAUACAGCCGUGCGCUUGAAGGAACGUAAAGCAAAUAAACUCAAGGAUUACCUCACAAUGACCGGUCCUUUGGGAGUUUCUCAUUUGAUGGUUCUUUCUCGAAGUGAUGCAAAUGCGAAUUUACGAAUCGUUCGUGCUCCAAGAGGCCCAGCUUUACAUUUUCGUAUCCAUGAGUAUAUGCUCAACAAAGACGUUCGAAAGCUUCAAAAGACUCCCAAAUCCCCGAACGCCGAGUUUUUGACGCCUCCUCUACUCGUAAUGAACCAUUUCAAUACAAAGUCCUCCAAGGAAACUCCUCACGAAGCUUUGCUGACAGCAACAUUCCAAAAUAUGUUUCCUCCCUUGUCGCUCCAGUCAACCAACAUCAAUUCAGUAAAACGUGUGCUUCUACUCAAUAAACGUGAUGAUGGCUACAUAGAUCUUCGUCAUUACUUAAUUACCACCAAACCCGUAGGAGUCUCACGGCCGAUUAAGCGUCUUUUGAAGGGCCAAAAACAUCCUUCUGACCUUCCUGAUUUGAGUGGAGUUCGUGAUAUCUCAGACUUUGUCUUGCAUGGAGAAGGAAUGUCCGGGGUACCCAGUGAUUCUGAGGCUGAGGAAGAUGCUACAGUCGAAGUCCUUCGACCUACACCGACAAAGAUCGAAGAGAAACUUCUCAGCGAAUCUCAGCUAUUAAAACCAAAACAGCAGGCAAUCAAGUUAAUCGAGAUUGGUCCUCGUUUGACUUUGGAGUUGACAAAAGUUACCGAAGAAGCUAUGGGAGGCAAGGUCCUUUACCAUAGUCAUGUACAAAAGUCGGAGGAUGAAGUUCGUCAGCUUGACAAGUUUCAUGAGGAAAAUCGUUAUCUCAAAGAAAAAAGGAAAAGAGAACAAGAGCAAAAUGUUCAUCGUAAGCAGGAUAAGAAGAAGAAAAAAUCAAAGAAGAAUCAACCUUCAGAUGAGCAUUCUGGAUCUGAAGCUAGUGAAGGUGGUGAAGAAGAAACUGCAGAAGGUCAUACUGCAGAUGUUUAAUUAAAAAUAAUUUUGGUUUUGGCACACGGUAAACAUUAGAAAAUGGAAAAAGUUUUGGGUUUUAUAUUUAUAGGAAAAGUCAGGACAAAUAAAUAAGAGUUUGUUUUUUAGUUUUGAAUA